CGGCGGCGCGAUGGUGUGCGGGGGCUUCGCCUGCUCCAAGAACUGCCUCUGCGCCCUCAACCUGCUCUACACGCUGGUAAGCCUGCUGCUGAUUGGAAUUGCAGCAUGGGGAAUCGGCUUCGGCCUCAUCUCUAGUUUCAGAGUUGUUGGAGUGGCAAUUGCAGUAGGAAUUUUCCUCUUCCUUAUUGCCUUAGUCGGAUUGAUUGGUGCGGUGAAACAUCAUCAAGUAUUGCUAUUCUUUUACAUGAUUAUUCUUUUGCUAGUCUUUAUUGUCCAGUUUUCUGUCUCCUGUGCCUGUUUGGCACUAAACAAGGAACAGCAGAGUCAACUUCUAGAGGUGGGAUGGAAUAACACUAACAGUGCGAGAACAGAUAUUGAGAGAAAUCUGAAUUGUUGUGGAUUCAGAGUUUUUGAUUUGAAUGAAACCUGCUCCUCUGAUUGUUUUAGAAGUCGCCAGUGUCAACCAUGUGCACCUAUAAUAGAAGAAUAUUCUGGAAUGGUGCUGAGAUUUGUUGGAGGCAUAGGACUCUUCUUCAGUUUCACAGAGAUCCUGGGAGUCUGGCUGACGUAUAGAUACAGGAACCAAAAGGAUCCCCGUGCAAACCCUAGUGCGUUUCUUUGAUAAGUUUAUAAAGGACUGAAUCUUCUCUCUGCACCCUCUACUUCAAAAUACUGAUUCUCCAUAGUUUGGUAUUUCUCCAAUAAUAGGGAUUCUACAUGUACCCAAAAGAAAACUUUAAUUUCCAUAAGAAAUUUGUAGUUUUCAUAUUUAAUUUCCCACUAUUUUUCUUCUAAGAAUCUCUACGUUGAAGUAGACUGGUGCAUUGAGUAGCUGGGCAAAGACAGACUGCUGCUCUGAGCUAGACUUCGGUAAUUGAUGUGGUGAACUCUAUACAGUGAGUUUUAUAGCACUACUGGCUUCUCCAAAAAAAACCAAAAGUAUUUUCUACUGUAUUCAUUGAUUACAAAAAUUCACAUGAUUUUGCAUUAAAAUGAUAAAAAUAUAUGGUGGGUGGUUGGACCGUAUGAUUUGAUUAGGCUUUAGGAUGAACUCUAGUCAACUUUUUUGUCUUAAUAAUGGUCUCCCACGUUCGUGUUAAGGUAAAAAUAGAAGCUAAAGAUGUUAUUUUCUGUAGUGCACAUAAGUGUAUGUUAAUGACUACUGUAGCCUUUCCCUGUUUGUUUUGGCUUUCUGGUAGCUUUAGAAUUUUGUUGAGAAUAAAAAUUAUUUACUUUUUAAUGGGUAUCUUCACUAUGAGAACAAUGAAUGAAGAAAACCAGGAGAAUGUAAUCUGCAGCUGAUUAACUUGAAACUUUUUUUUUCUUUGACAAGUGAAUGAAGUUUGGUAUUUGCACAAUAUCGGAAUCAAUAAUGGUCUGUCAUCUUUAAUGUAAGAAACUUGAUGUCUG